AUGUCCAACUUUGGCGGUUUCUUCGACAACUACCUGCAAUCUGCAAGCUUGUGUUGCGCUCAAACUGGUCUCACACCUCCGUAUUCCGGUGGUCUGACUGAUGAAGACUUCUUCGCCCCAAUUGGAUCUACAUACAUGAAAGGAUUGGACACAAGGAAAACGAAAAGAUGCUCUUAUUGCGUAAUUUACUCAAAAAUCCCAAUCAAUAUUGAAUUUCAACACUAUGCGAGACACCGUUUUUUCAUAUAUUCACAUGGAUUUCCAAGAAAAAAUUAUCGCCAGGAUGCUAUGUUUAUUGAAGUGAUGCCAGACAGAGCUUCGGCCAUGUUUAGGUAA